AUGACUGACAUCGGUUCUCGUCCGGCCACAAGGACUAUUGAGUCAAUUUGUACAAUUGCUGGCACAAAGAUUCCUAGUGUACCACCUAUUCCACCUGAUUCCGUCCCAAAUCUCGAGUCUAUUCGGAAAGUCUACGACAUUGCCUUUGCUCCUGGUCUUGACAAGCUCUUGGAGGCCGACCAGUCAAAAUGGUUUGCAAGGGAAGGGUUUCCUCUACUCUGUGCGGAUCGGACUCAACUGGGCAACAUGUUGGCGUAUCUGACUCUGGUUAGUAACCAUGCAGACACGCCUACCGAAAAUGCGACCUUGGCUAGUCAAGAAGCACGAGUGACCUGGGCAUUGCUUGAGCUGUGCAUCAGACCGGCGCAUGACGGUGACGAGGAGGCAGACAGACUCACCCACCGGUGCCGAGUGUUAGGUGCGAUCCUGACUGGUGAACCAUUUAGCGGUCCGACAGCAUCGAUGGCCGAUUUUGUCCAUCAAGAGGAGGCAGAACCAGAACCGAAAACAAGUGCGCUUGAAAAGCAGCUUGCUAGGAGAUCUGAAGAGUUCUGGAAAUUGGUUGAAGCGGCUGCUGCAAGUCAGAUGGCUGAUGGUUCUGGCUUGUCAGCUGCCGCUGUGAGACAAUGCCGACCUUAUCUUGACGGGAUGGAGAGCAGAGACAUCAUCUACAGCAUCAUGUUACUGGCGUCAGGGGCCAAUGGCAACCUUACUUCCGAACGAGAAUUGGCAAAGAGAUACCUGGAAACUCAGGCAAAUGGACGAGCUACGAAUCAAGUCUUUGCGACUCUUUCUGGCAUGGCGUUGAGGGCGUUUGAGGGCUAA